GGAAUGUGUGAGUGUCUUUAGAAAGCAGAAGAUAACAAAAGGUUUGAAGAAGUCAGGGAACAGACCUCCACAAGAUGUGGCUGACUCUUCUUUACGGUUGCAUCGGGGGAACAGCAGCUCUGUGUGUUCUGUGGCGAUGGUUGAUUCCUGCUGCUGUGCGGUAUGACGGAAACCUGGCAGUGAUGUGGCACGCUGUGGUUGUGGAAUGGGUGCUGGACAAACUGACCUGGUCCACACGUCCUCAGCGGCUCCUCCAUGCAGUACAGAAGAACGCCACUAGAGGAGACCCUCAGAGCGUGAUCAAAGCCAUCGAUGACUUCUGCAGGCAAAAGGAGUGGGCCAUGAACGUGGGAGAUGAGAAAGGCUGCAUUCUGGACUCGGUGGUGACUGAAGUGAAUCCAGCCACUGUGUUGGAGUUGGGCACCUACUGUGGCUACUCCGCAGUGAGGAUCGCCAGCCUGCUUGCCCCACAAGCUAGGCUCCUCACAUUGGAAUUUAACCCGCAUUAUGCAUCAACUGCCCGUCAAGUUAUUGCUUGGGCAGGAUUAGAGGAUAAGGUCCAUUUAAUUGAAGGGGCAUCUGCUGACUGGAUCCCAAAGUUAAAACAGCAGUUUAGGAUAAAAACACUGGAUUUGGUUUUCCUUGAUCACUGGAAAAAUUGUUACCUUCCAGACACAAAAUUGUUGGAGGAGUGCAGCCUUCUCAGGAAAGGCAGCGUCCUGCUGGCAGAUAACGUCAUCUGUCCGGGAACACCGGAAUACCUCGAGUACGUCCGUAACAGCGAGCGCUACACAAGUCGGUACUACAAAUCUCACCUGGAGUACACCAUGGUGGAGGAUGGCAUGGAGAAGUCUGUCUUCAUAGGCUAAUUUGAACCCUAAGGGAAAUGAAAUUGCAAAGUGUUCUAUAGAUCUGCUUUGUAAAUAUCAGGACUGACCUCUGUGAUAUUAAUGUUGAUUUAUUUGCACUAAAACAGCACAAUAAAAAACAACAAUAAAGGGAAAACAAAUCUUGUGACACCAAAAGUCACGAGGAUUACUAAAUAAUCUCUGUCUGGACACCCCAAUAAUUAAAUUAAUCCGCUGCCCCCCAACACACACACAUACACACACAUGCAUGCACACACACAU